GAAGAACAGCAGAGGCAGCUGAGAGCGGCGGUGGUCGGCAGAGCCCGGCUCAUCCAUCAGAUGAAUACGUUGCUGCAACGACCUGACACUCAACAACAGAAGCUGGGAGAGAGUGAAGAGCAGCACAACGGAUCGGUCCUGUUCAAGACGCUGCUGGGGGAGCUGGGCGAACUGUACGUGCAAACGGACCGGAUCCUGGGGGAGAAGGUGUUCAAGGUGACUUCCCCGCUGGUCUACAAGCCGACGAGGACUUACAGGCAAGGCGUCGAGUUUUUUGAGAACACUGAUGCGACCGUGGUUCCGUUUGGCUUUGAGCAAACUUGCCGCGCCGUGUCGUUGCUCAUGAUGACAGAUCCAACAGUUGCUCGGUGUGGGAAAGAAGUCCAAGAGCCUCCUAAUACUGUCACGGUGAAGUACCAGAUCAAGAGUCAGUUGAAACCAGGCGAGAGCUACAAGUUGAUGGUGUAUGCCGCGGUGCGAAGGUAUCGAGAACCGGGGCGGAUGGUGUUUGUGUGGCGAGCCCUUCAAGAAGGACUAAGCACUCUAUCUGGAUAUCACGCGAACGAAACAGGUUGGCUCGUUCUGCGUCCACAUCUUGGGGGCUGCGUCAUGGAAAGUUACGUUCGCUUGGUGCCUGCAAGUGUUGGGGACGCUGCUAGAUGCAAGGCGGCCUCUGAUCGAUUUGCCGAGGUGGUGCUUAAAACAGGUGAGGGCGAAGUGAACGACCUCAUGGUUACACUUGAAAAGAUGCUGCUGGGAGAUACAAAGUAA